GCAACUGAAGCAGCGGCCAUCUGCAUUUGAAGAGCUUCUUGCGACAGAGAAGGACAAAGUUAAGUUUUGUGCAGAGAGAGCUAAGGAGCGAGCGAGAGAAGAUGGGCAAAGGUGGAGAUGGAGGAGAGGAGAACAUGGCAGCAUGGCUCGUCGGCAUUAACACUCUGAAGAUUCAACCUUUCAAUCUCCCGCCACUUGGCCCUCAUGAGGCUCGUAUUCGGAUGAAAGCUGUUGGAAUUUGUGGCAGUGAUGUUCAUUACCUAAAGGCGAUGAGGUGUGCUCAUUUUAUUGUCAAAGAGCCCAUGGUGAUUGGACAUGAGUGCGCCGGGGUUGUUGAAGAGGUAGGAAGCGAAGUGAAGUCUCUUGUUGUGGGCGACCGUGUUGCUUUAGAACCUGGGAUCAGUUGUGGACGUUGCAAGCAUUGUAAAGGCGGGCGCUACAACCUAUGUGUUGACAUGAAAUUCUUUGCUACCCCACCUGUUCAUGGGUCUCUUGCUAAUCAGGUGGUGCAUCCUGCUGAUUUGUGUUUUAAGCUUCCGGACGAGUUGAGCUUGGAAGAAGGAGCCAUGUGUGAGCCCCUUAGUGUUGGGGUGCAUGCUAGUAGGAGAGCUAAUGUUGGUCCAGAGACUAAUGUGCUCAUCAUGGGAGCUGGACCUAUAGGAUUAGUCACUAUGCUUGCAGCACGAGCCUUUGGAGCCCCGAGAAUUGUUAUAGUCGAUGUUGAUGAACACCGCCUUUCAGUUGCAAAAUCUCUUGGUGCGGACGAAACUGUUAAGGUUUCGACAAAUAUUCAGGUUUAA